UCCGGUCCGCCCUGGGUUUAGCAGCAGCAUCGCCAUGUGAGCGCAUGCUCAGUAGCAAGAAAGGACUCUUGCCUGGGAAGAAGGGCAAAGUCGAAACCUGGCAUGCAAAGUGACCAGCGGGAGCGGGAGGUAGCCGAGCAGGGGCCUCUCCCCUUUCCUUAACUCCCUUCCCCCUUUGCUUCGUAUCCCCAGCGCCAGCGCAGCCCCAGGACCGCCAUGGUGUUGCAUAGCUUGGCCCGCAUCGUUAAAGUCCAGCUACCCGCCUACCUCAAGCGCCUUCCGCUGCCAGAGAGCAUCGGCGGAUUUCUCAGGCUAACAGUUUCAGAAUGGCUGCGGUUACUGCCUUUCCUGGGUGUCCUUGCCCUGCUUGGGUACCUUGCUGUUCGUCCAUUCCUCCACAAGAAGAAACAGCAGAAGGACAACUUGAUUAAUCUCAAGAUCCAGAAGGAGAACCCCAAAGUAGUGAAUGAAAUCAACAUUGAAGACCUGUGUCACUCUAGGGCAGUGUACUGCAGGUGUUGGCGCUCAAAAACAUUUCCUGUCUGUGAUGGCUCGCAUAACAAGCACAACGAGACAACAGGCGACAAUGUGGGUCCAUUAAUACUCAAGAAGAAAGAAGUCUAGCAAACCCUAACUAAAACAUGACUGACAGAAAAUCCACUUACACCCAUAUGUGAUAGUACUUUCAGUCUUAUGAUUGCUGUAGAGAUGUGAUAGCUCUGUAGGUCAGAUUUAUAGACUUUGCUAGACACAUUUUGUAUGGUCUGAAAAGUCAUGUCUGACAUAUGGGGAAAAGGCCCCAUAGACAUAUGUGUAAAUGAGUUUCUUUUUACUGUCAUAACACGGUGACUGCUCCCAGAGUUGCAAUUUAGCCUGUAAUAAAACUUAAAAUGACAAGAGUCAUAUGACAA